CUCUCUUUUCCUUUGCAGCAGGACGGAGCAGCAGCAGCAGGAGGAGGAGGAGGACAUGGCUGCCCUGGCCCUUUGCUCUGCGGCGGACCCCGGCUGCUGCCCAGGUGGGCUGCGGCUGCAGCAGGGCGCUCUUUGGCCAGCCCCUGGCAGCCCUCUGCGGGGAGGACGGCACGCUGCCCCGGCCCAUCCAGGAGCUGCUGGCUGUCCUGCAGCAGGAAGGGCCUUCGACGGAGGGCAUCUUCCGCAGAGCUGAGAGCGGGGCAGCCUGCCGGGAGCUGCGGGAGGCCCUGGACCGUGGUGCGGACGUCGACAUGGGAAGCCAGCCCGCGCUGCUGCUGGCCGUCGUCUUGAAGGACUUCCUCCGAAGCAUCCCCUCCAAGCUCCUCGUGAACAACCUCUACGAGGACUGGAUGGCAGCGAUGCAGCAGAGCAGCAAGGAGGAGAAGAUCUCGGAGCUGAAAGUGGUGGCCGAGAAGUUGCCUGCGGCCAACCUCCUCCUGCUCAAGCCGCUGCUGUCCCUGCUCCAGCACAUCGGCCGCAACGCAGGCACCAGCAGGAUGACCUCCAGCAACCUGGCCAUCUGCGUCGGGCCAAGCCUGCUGAGCCCACCCAACGAGGACCUGCUCCCGCUGGAGGCCAUGCUGGAGGUGACUGAGAAGGUGAAACGGCUGGUGCAGUUCAUGAUGGAGAACUGCAGGGAACUCUUUGGGGAGGAGGCAAGGGAGCUUUCCAGCCUGCCAGCCGAGGAGUCGCCAGCCCCCACGGAGAGAUCCAGAGAGCUGCGUUUGGAGGAGCAAAGUGUCCCCGCAGUCACAGCGGACACCGAGCGUCAGGCAGCAGCCUUGCCGCGUGCACCCCGCUCUCUGCUCGGUGUCCUCAGAGGAGCUGGGGGAGACACGGUGCUGGAGGCUGAAACGGCAGAGGCACCUCCAGCUUUGCCUCCAACUGCCCCCGAGAGCACGGCAGACUCCCUGGGGCGCCCAGAAGCACUGGCGAGCCUUCCAGGGGACAGAAGGUUUGCAGGCUCUCCCCGGGACAAGGAGAACACGAGCAGAAACGAGAAGAGAAAAGAGGCCUGGGGAGAGGAGAGCAAAGGCCAGCCAGCAAAGAAGAGGAGGAAGAAGAGAGGAAACGUUUUGGGGCAUGGAAAGCAGAAAAGGUGCGGGAAGGCGCAGCAGGUCAGGAAGCCCAGGUGCCGAUUCAUUUUCACCGGCUGAACCGCUGUGACUCCUGGCCCCCCCGAGCUGACGUCCACAAUAAAAUGAUCUCUUCUCCCUCCUGACUGUGUCUGCCAUAGGCUGUUGUGGAGUGGGGAGCUGUUGUUUUGUGCUGAGUCCUCGGGGGGGAGGAGCUUGGGAUCGCCCCUUGUCCCAGCAUCCUUUCCAGCGGGCGUCAGGGCUGAGCUGAGGCGCUUUAGGAGCAAAAGCAAAGCACCGAGUCACGCAGGAGGGCGGAGGUUGGAAGGGACCUGUGGAGGUCCUCUGGCCCGACACCUGCUGAAGCAGGCUGGCCUAGAGCACGUUGCCCAGGACAUGGUCCUGGUGAGUUUUGGGUAUCUCCUAGGAGCAGCGCCAUGAGGGCAGAGCGAGGGCAAGACGUAGGCAGGGCACGGCGGCCAGGAAGGGCUAAAGGUCCCUAUGCAGCCACCGUCACCCGCAGCUUGCUGUCCCCUGCAGCCAUCCUCCCUGCAUGCUGACCGUCGGGCAGUUUCCUCAGACCCCCCCUCACGGAUGGCACUGGUAGAGAUUAACUUCCACGCUGGGCGCCCUAAAUGCCUCGGCUCACCCAAAAAGCUUUGGAAGCGGCUCCAGCAGCAGCCGGACUGCUGAGGCUUUGGUGCAUCCCGGUGCG